AUGGGAUCUAGCCCCAACAAUCCUUCUGAUCCCCGAUGUACUGUCCCACUGAUACUUUCUACCAAGUACAAAGGGGGGCACAUCCGGACAAUCGCUCUUCCAGCAGCCAUCUGCAGUAUUCUCCACGACAUUGGAUUUAGUAUUCUUCCAUUCAAAAGGACCACAAAGCACCAUAGCCUGCUUGGUUUUCGGGUGUUCAUGGAGUAUCUUGAAAACAUCUUCAGUGGUAAGCUUGGAGACACUGGCUUCUUGCAAACCCUGCGUUACAAUCUCAAGCACAUCUCCCUUGGUAAGCAUGGAUACCCUCAAUUCUUUCAAGGUGUGCGCCUGAUUCUUCUUGUGUUCGUUGGAACCGGAGAAGGUAGGAUAUAG